AUGGGGUCCGAAUAUGGUAUCACGGUCGAGUCGAAACCCCAGAUAGAUCUCGGCCCUGUUACCAUCUGGUGGGCUGUCUGGGCAUGUGUCUGGACUUCUGCCCUCGUGGCAGGUAUGAUCUAUCUGAUCAUUAACCGGGACAUGCCAACCCUACGUAUUCGAGGCCUCGGUCUUUCGUUAACAUCUAUUGUUGUCCUUCAUUUAUACUGGAUUCCGACCCAAUUCGGUACUAUGCUCGGCCCAUUGCUGCCGGGUGAUUGUGGCUAUUGGCUUAUGGGGACACUGUUGCCCUGUGGCAUGGCAUUAUUCCAUGGCUCUAACACUCGUUUCCAACAUAUUGCAAAGCUCCAGAGAAAGUAUGCUCUGGACGGCUACCGUUAUACUGAAUCUACUGCGGAGCGCAAGGAUGGGUUGAUCAACCGUUUCCGUGGCCUCAGAUAUACUACUAAGAUUCUUAUUUAUGUCGCUAUCGCGAUGUUUGCUCAGGUCUUCCUCACUAUCCUCAUGUGGGUGAUUUCCCGCAAGUAUCAUAGUUCAUGGGGUAUUCCCGGCACCGAAGUCCAUGGUACUCCCGCAGAGGUGCUCGUGGCACAAGGUGCAGGGUGGGAAUGGUGGCCUGGUGUGGUAUCGCAGUUCUUCUGGUCUUGGAUCGUUGCCCCCGUCGUCCUCUGGAAGUCCCGAAACAUCCACGACACCCAUGGUUGGCGAGUUCAGACCAUUGGCUGCGCUGUCUCUAGUCUUCACGCUACCCCGAUGUGGCUCAUCGGCCUCUACGUCCCAGCAAUGGCCCCGGUCAACGCCGUCUGGGUUCCUCCUCAAUGGAUCUGCCUAUCCAUCAUGUUCAUCGAAAUCUUCACGGUCUUCCUCCCCUGCUGGGAAGUAAUGCGCCGCCAAUCCCUCCAACAAGAAACCCUCGAAUCGAUCGCACGGUGGGAACAGAAGGUCAAGUCGACCGGCCACGAAAACAAGUCCCUACACUCCGACAUGACAGUGGUAGCAUCUAUGAUGUCCGGCUGGAAAUCGAACAGCUCAACAAGCACAAUCCAAUCUCGCGACAGCAUCCUCACAAUGGGCGCACUCGAGCACGUCCUCGAGCGCAAUCCAACCCCCCUCCAAGAAUUCUCCGCCUUGCGUGAAUUCUCCGGCGAGAACAUCGUCUUCCUGACCAGCGUCGCAGAAUGGCGCAGUCGACUCCCACCAUCCAUCAAGGACGGCAGCGCAAAACACGAAAGAAGCAAACGCGAUGUUGUCCGCGAACACUUCAACCGCGCCCUGCACAUUUAUGCCGAGUUUAUCAGCGUUCGCCAUGCCGAGUUCCCCGUCAAUAUCUCGCACCAGGAACUGCGGAAGCUGGAAGAGGUGUUCGAGAAACCGACUCGUCUUGUGUACGGUGAGCAGCGCGAAUGCGACCCGACUAGUCCGUUUGAUAAGUUCACUUUUGAUCUGCCGCCUUCGUCGCCGACUUCUACGGACUCUGGGAAGACUAUGACGGGGUCGAUUAAGGACCGUGUGCAGUACUGGGGUGAUAUUCCUGCGGGCUUUGAGGCUUCGAUAUUUGAUGCUGCUGAGGCUAGUAUUAAGUACCUUGUGCUUACGAAUACUUGGCCUAAGUUUAUCAAGGAUCGGAGGACUUCGCAUGCUUCGGUUGAGGAUCUCAAGGGAAUUGAGGUUUAG